AUGGAAAAGCAGGCAAGGAAGCACGCAGACGUCUCACCGACUGGCAGUAGCAACACUCCGUCGUCUUCGAGCAGCAGCAGCAGCAGCAAAACCAGAAAGAACAACCCACUGAAGAAGAAAGAAAAGGACGCGGAAGUAAUGGGCAGACCAGCGCGAAACGAGAUGAUAAGUGCUGAUCACGAGGCUUUCAUACAAGCUUUUGAAAAACCAACGCAAAUCUAUCGAUUUCUUCGCACGAGAAAUGUUCUUAAGCCAAUUUUUCUUCAACGCAAUCUGACCUACAUGCGUAAUCGCAUGUCCCGAUCUCACAAAUCCCGCAAGUCUUUCAAAAUUGACUCGAUGCUUGCACAAAAGAUGACCAAACUGCGCGGGGAAAAACCUAACGAUAUAACCAUGUCCGACGGUUACUUGACGCUGAUUUUUCUUGGAUUUUUCGACGAGCGGAAUCAGUCGAUGCGGAACGGUGCUGACAGCAACGGGAUCGUAUUGCCAUUGAAAAGCUCCUUCACCGAGGAAACGCAUGACGACGGCGAGAACGGUUCCGAAUAUGGUCGCAAAUGUGUACAGGUAGAGACGAACUUACUGAAGAUAGCGCACACCAAACGCAAAGAUAUGGUGGCCACACAGAUGCAGUUGACUGUCGGUAAGUCGCAGGUAUUGGUCAACCCGAAAGAUGACCAGCAAUCGACUGCUAGUGGCAGUAGCAGCGGCGGUCUUGGUGUCGAUGAUAAACCACCGAUCGUGAGCAUACCAACAGAUUCGUUUAACACCAAUAGUGUUAUGAACAAUGUGACUGGUCCGCUGGUGUCUUUCAUUCUGCGCUUCCGCGUACAGUACAUGGUGCCGAGCACGAAUGCGAAUGGUACCAGGGAACAACAAUAUCUGACAAAUGGGACCGGAAGCGACGGAGAGGAACCGUCCGCUAAACGACAGAAGUUGCACGGUUACAGCAAAAUGUACAGUACGGAAUUGACACUGUUCGAUAAGUACGGUCGCUGCCUACUCAAAGAUGCCGACUACGAGCUGACGGUGCGGGAAAUCAUAUCACAUCAAAAAUCGGUCGCUGUGAAAUAUGGAUCACCAAUGAAGAACCGCUGCUGGUCUAGUUUUACCGAUGCGUGUGAGAACUAUAUGCCUUCGGACGACUGUAGCAAAAGUGACACCGUACCACCGACCAGUGAAGAUUUUAUAGAUCGCUACGGAGAGAUGAUCAAACCCAUGCUCAAAGUUCGGCUGCAGUGGACCAAAGAACCUCCGCACGGUUUCGAAACUGCCGGUGCCGAGAUCAAGCUGGAGAACGGGUAUAGCGAUAAGGAGAACCACAAACCACCGUCCCCUUCGGCGACGGACUCGUUCAAGAAAGGACUGAAUAUCAAUAUUAACAAUAACAGCAUUCUAACGCCAGCGGCAGCAGCUGGCCAUCUAGAUGACGCCGAGCAAUCGUUGAGCGAGGACAAUGAGGCGGAAGAUUCAUCGACGAACGACGUUAAUGCGGAUUUGGCUCUUGUGUCUGCAAACAUGAGUAUGCCAAAGAGCGUGAACGAUGCAAAAUGUGUGGUCUAUCACUUCAUGCACAACAACUAUUCGCGCCAGCAGACGGAAAAUAUGGACGGAUUCACCUGUCCGUGGUGUUGCUUAAGCUGCGGCAUGCUUUACUCACUGCUGAAGCAUCUGAAGCUAUGCCAUGCACGGUUUACCUUUAACUACGUGCCCAUCCCGGAAGGUGCUCGUAUCGAUGUGACGAUCAACGAGUUGUACGAUGGUUCGUACAAUGGAUCGCCGCACGAUUUGCUCGGACCCGCGACAGCUUACACGGUGCGUGACCCGUUACGCCGGACGGUUGUUACCAACCUGCUCGUCUGUCGGCCCCGGCGACCAAAGCCGAGUCUUGCGGAAUUUAUCGAUAACGAUGAAAACGAAUUCGAUAGCCAGCGACCGUACAUUACCGGUCACAGCAGAAUGUAUCAUCACACCAUGACCUGCCUGCCGGUGUAUCCCAGAGAGCUCGAUAUCGAUUCGGAAGGCGAAAGUGAUCCACUUUGGUUGCAACAGAAAACCAUGCAGAUGAUCGACGAGUUUACCGACGUGAACGAGGGCGAAAAGGAACUGAUGAAGAUGUGGAAUCUGCACGUGAUGAAGUACGGUUACGUUGGCGAUUGCCAGAUACCGGUCGCGCUAGAAAUGUUCAUCGAUCUCCGUGGGCGCGAACUGAUGGCGCGUAAUCUAUACCGUAACUUUGUGCUGCACAUGUGCUCGAUGUUUGACUUCGGGUUGGUAUCGGCCGACGUCAUGCAGCGCAUCAUUCGAAAGCUGCGGAAAAUUCCAGCAAAUGAUACGGAACUGCAACAGAUGGUAAAACAAUCGAGAACCGAGCAGAUGAACUACUGGAACAAUGUGACCGUGCACAAGCAACAGACGGUCAAGGCGGAACUCAGACACGGCAACGGUGAGCGCACUGCCGGUACAGGCGCUGGCACGUCCAUCUCGGGUAGUUCGUCAUACCAUCAACACCACAAGUCUGGUCAUGGUGGCAGUGGUAGCGGUCCGUCAAACACCGGCGAUGGGCAGCAACGCAAAGUUAAGCCCACCAUUACGCCAGCGAAAAACACGGAUCCCGGAGCCAUACUACCAAGACGCCGUCGAAGUGCUGGUAACAUGGAAAAGGGGGGUACGUCCACCCCACCGGCCAACGGCAAAACCGGUGGCACCGUUUCGCAAUCAUCAUCGAGCAAGACCACUAAUGGACCUUCACAUUCCACUGGCACGAUGGCGAAGCCACCACCAUUGGGUUCAGGGAAAGCAUCCACAUCAUCUGCCACUGUGGGCAGGAAAUCAUCAACCGCUACUAAAUCCACUGCCUCGCCUUCCGCCUCAUCCAGCACCACCCAGAACAAAUACAACCAUACCCACCCGAUGGCCACAUUUUCCGCUAUAAUGACCCGAAGAAAAUCUCUUUCUUUAGGUUCGCAUCUUCUGCUCCGAAAGCGGUCCCUCAACUGA